GGCCCCCCCUCCGACCAUAUUGUCUCAAUUUCCACAGCCCCGUAUCCCUUAGAACAUGGAGUAAAUUAUGGAAGCUUUCCCCUACUCUAAACUCCUAAGCCCUCAUCUCCCUCUUAUCUCAGACCAACCAUAAAAGCUCUCAUGCAACACCAAACAUAUUCUUACACUUCUUGUGCCAACAAAAACCACCAAUCUCAAGGGAGAAACUAAGACAGAAAAAAAAAAAAAAAAAAAAGAAAAGAAAGCCCACUUUCCAUUCUAUCAUUGCAAUCAAAUACAACUAUAAAAGUAGCCUUACUACCAGCAACACUUUGUUUUCUCGCUUUCCUGGAAGAACAUAAAAAAAAAAAAGGAUAUGGAAAUUGAAUCAGUUAGAUGUGAGUGUUGUGGACUGAAAGAAGAUUGCACCCAAGAUUAUAUCAAUGAUGUUAAGGCCAAAUUUGACGGCAAAUGGCUAUGUGGGUUAUGUUCAGAAGCUGUUAGAGAUGAAGUGAGUAGAAGUAAGAAGCAAUUUGGUGUUGAAGAAGCUGUUAAAGCUCACAUGUCAUUUUGUGGCAAAUUCAAAUCCAAUCCUGCCGUUCGAGUAGCUGAUGGUAUGAGGCAGAUGCUGAGAAGAAGGUCAGGAGAUUUUUCAAACACUCUUAAUUCACCUUCUUCUUCUAAGAAGUUCACCAGAUCAGCUACCACAAAACUGUACUAAUUGGCGAAAGAAGAGGAAAAGGGAGGAAAGACCUUUACCUUUGUUGGAAUAAUAUUGAUAGCCAAGCCUUUCUUGGCUACCUUUUCAACUUGUCUUGUA